AUGUCAGCGUCUGUCAUGGCGCGCGGCGCGGCGACCGCAUUCCUCGCGAGGAUGGCGGCGUCGGGUCCGCGCGCGGCGAACGUCCGUCGGUUCCGCUUCGCCUCGUUCGGCCGAUGCUCGUCAGCAUCUUCGGUGGCGGAUGCGAGUGGCGACCCUACUCCCUCCCCGGUGCUCGCCGACCCUGAGGACGUGUUGGGAGAAGAGAGGACCGGCGAGGGAGUGGUGACGCGGCGGCACACCCUGGGAAAGAGCCUCACGUUCAUCGACGUGACGUGCCGGUCGGGCGGCGCCGACGAUGACGAUCCGUCCUCCUCGUCGCACUUCGUGUUCGUCAAGGCGUUCGGGAAGGUCGGCAAAGCCGUGCGCAUCGGGGCCACGAUCAGGUUCACCGGUCGCGAGCUCACGCCGUCGCGACCACGGGAAAGGGACGCCAUCGCGUCGCGCCCGGGAUCGUACGCCGUCUCGGUCCCGCCGGGCGGGGUCGAGCUGCUCGCGGCCACCCCGGCGUCGGAGAUUGCAAACGCCGCGCCGUUUGCGGAUCCCAAACGACGCGCCGUUCGUCCCAACCUCGGCGGAACCCGGCGGCGCGCGGCGGGUCCCAUCGCGGUGGUGGGAACUACCGCCGCGGGCUCCUCCCCCCGGCCCGUCGCGCAGCUGUGCAAGUCGCUCGUCUCCCGCGGUACGUGCGGCGACCCCAACUGCGUCCGCCGACACGACGCGUCCGAAGCGGAGCUCGAACAGGUUGGUACUACUACUGUUGGUCCACGUUACUUACCACUACUAACAGCCAUCACUUACUACGAACAGGUUCGCGUCUCCAAGAUGGCGUCGGCGGCGCGUGCGGCGGCGGCGGUGGCGCGGGAGCGCGACCCGGACGAUCCACACGCGACGGAGAACAAGGCGAGCAAGCAGGACAGCGACAGGAUAUUCGCCGAUUGGAUCGUGCGGACGUUUCGUCUCCGGGGCGCGGACGCGGCGGAGAAGAGGGCGACGGCGGCGGCGGCGGGCGACCUCGGGAGGCGGCGGGUCGGUGACACGUCGGACGACACGUCGGACGACACGUCGGUGGAUGCGUUCGAUGAUUGGUCGGAUAAAAGGCACAGGGUGGCCGACGUCGCGGGGGGCGGCGGCGUUCUCUCGUUUGAGCUUCACGUCCGCCACGGCCUGGGCGCGACGCUCUGCGACCCGGCGGCGGUUUCGGUGUCGGCCAGGCAGCUGAACACGUGGAAAAACCUCCGGAAGAGGGCGUCGAGGGCUGGUGUCGGGUCCCCGGAGCACAACGCGUGGCGAAGGGCGGACGCGUGGGUGAGGACGGCGGCGGAGGAGGGGACGAGGCGGCGGAGGGAACACGCGGAGCGGGUGCUGAGAUACGCGGACGUGUCCGACGUGGACGACGCGGAUUGGUCCGAUGAUGACGAGUCAGCGGUGGCGGGUUCCGAGGCACGCGCGUCCACCCGCGCCUCGUCGGACGACGCGACGUUCGAACACCUCGCGAGCGAGUUUUGGGGAGAUUUGGACGGCCCGCUCGGGGAGGCCAUCGCGCGGUGCGACGUUCUGGUCGGCAUGCACCCGGACCAGGCGACGGAGCCCGUGGUGGACGCGGCGAUCGCGCUCGGCAAACCGUUCGCGGUGGUUCCGUGCUGCGUGUUCCCGGAGCUGUUCCCGGACCGGCGCACCGCGGACGGCGCCCCCGUUCGGACGUACGUCGAGUUUGUGGACUACCUCGUCGCCAAACACCCAGACGCCAAGCUCGGGUACCUGCCGUUCAAGGGCAGGAACAGGGUGGUGUACAGGCUGUGA